AAAGAAUCGUCUAAAAGAUAGAGAAAGAGGAUACGCGUUGCAAGAGGGGUAUACUUCUGAUUAACCAACACAUCCUGUCCCACACCAAGCUCGAAAGCGCCAUCUCACUCACGCAUCAUGGAUUCUAACAUUACUUUCACCUACAACAUCUCGUUCACCGCGCCUGCCAACAAGCCGACCGAUGAAACUAAGCUUACAUCGGCGGAUCUAUGGCUGGGCGUUGCUCAUGUGGCGCGAACGCCUCAGGAGUUCGCCCCCUACGUCGCCAAGUGCGACGUGCUGUGGGAGACCAAGAACAAGCAGAGGCUGGGGCGAGCCGUCACUCUGGGCGAUGGCGGAGUCCAUACGGUAAACAGCCAGGUAUUGUAUCAAGAGGUUUCCAUCGCGGAUAAACUGCAUGUCGCGGCCACAACGCUGGACACAGGCGCAAAGACGACCUUCCUCGUCUCGUACCAGCCGAAUGCGGUCGUUUCACCAGACUCGACGGAUGUCAGCUUUACGGUGAUUUACGAGCUGAAGCUGGCUGGUGUGCAACCAGGAAGUGACAAGGCUAAGGAGAUUGAGAGGGACUAUCCGGAACUCGCGAGAAAGGCGUGCGUCGACACGAUAGAACAGAUUAGAGAGAGUAAAGUGGACGGCAGGAUGGCAGUGUGGGCAAAGGCAUCACAGUAAUUGAUAUGAUUCUCAGACUGAGAAGGGCUAACAGUUUGGACUAUUAUAGCAUCAGACUGGACCAGAUGUUUUGAUUCCGUAAGCGGGGUCUAACGCUUUGAGUUAAGUGCCUUUAGUAUAAGAAAUUUUUAAUUAAAUGCUAAAUUAAGUUACUUAAUUAAUAUAAGUCUAUUAUAUUAU